GUCGAGCUGCCGCUCCGAUUGUGUUACUUUUGUUGAACUGUCAGGCAGUGAAUCUUCAAAGCGCCACUGACACUGAGAAAUAAAUCCUUUUGUUUUCGAAACUUUUUUUUUUUUUUGUUCACGUCGAAUUGUAAAGCGAGUGAUUACAUAAUGUAUCCACAGCAAUCGAACCAUUACACAUGGCUUGAGCUAAGAAUGCUGCUGACUGCCCUUGAUAUUCCCAGUGAACUCAUUAUUGACUGUAUUCCAGUGGAAUUAGCCAAGAGGACAUCAGGCAUCAGUACCAAGGAUCUACUGCGAUUGAUAAAUUUGGAUUAUUUCACCACUUCACUUAAUUUUUCUUACAAUCUGAAAAGUGGCCUCUACAAUGUCGAGGUGCUCAAGAAGUGCAUCUAUCUUCAGGGUUGUAGGUUUUUAAGCACUGAUGACAUCAAGAUGGCGAAUCUUGCAUUUACUACUUAUGAACAAAUGGAUCAGAAGGGGAUGAAAAUAAACCUGCACACUCUAAUGAGAGCAUUUAAGAUGUGUGGCUGGACAAUUGCACCACUGAAGCUGGCGCAUAGAAUUAAACAUCUCAAGGAGAGCUUCACUGAGAGGGGACGUAUUCAGCUCUACGAGUUCCUAGAUCUCCUCCCGCUAUGUGAAGCACUCAAUGGAAUAUCCUGUCAUGAACACAGAGUUGGUCCUACAGAAGUUACACUACGGAAAAUCUAUAAGCUGGAUGACGUCAACGCUCUGUCAUGGACGGAUGACGAAAGAAUUGCAAAGUAUCUGAAUGAGUGCUUUCGGCGGGAUGAGAGGGAUUAUGGGAGCGUAACCAUCAUAAGCAAGAAAUUAACAGAGCCACCAGUGCUGAGAACACAAAAGAAAGAAAUUGUAAGAAUAUUUCUGUUUCUACAUGUAUUCUGA